GUGGGGUGAAGUGUCUAUGGAUUAAUCGGCAAGCGGAUGAGCGCUGCAAACAGACCUCAUCAAUGUAUUCCCAGUCGCUUUCCGAUGCACCGUAGCUGGCACUCCCUUCCCGGCGACCGUUCGCCGUUAAGACGGAGUAGAAAACGUUCAGGGAGGUAAGAAUGCUCUGGCCUUCAUGUAUGUCAAUAAGUGGGGUAGUUUUGAAUUGCUCCGGCUGGCGAGGCUCUGUGGAGAGAAUGUUUCUCGGAAUUCCAGGCGUUUUGACAAGGCUCUCGUCCUAUUUCGUCUCAAACCAGCUUCAGCCCGACUGGGCAGGGCUUGCAUAUGUGGAACCAAUCAAGCGAUAUGCAGCUGAUUGCACAUCGCGACGUGCGGGGGAAGUAAUUGGUGAUCCACAUGCAGAAGGACUUUCCAGUUUGCUCUGUUGAUCAGUCUCGUCUUUGCAUAGAAUUUUGUGGUCCAACUCGCCGUCCACAGACGAUCUGGAUUGAAAGCAACUUCAAGGUUAUUAUCAGUUGUGAACUUCAAAUUUCCACGACAAGGCAGUCGGGUCCUUCGCUACGAUGGACGGCCUCGAGGCUCGCAAUGGAAAAAACAAGGAUCUCCUUAACAAUGGGGACUUUGCGGUGAAGAGAUGGAGCGAUGCAGUAGAAGCAAUCAAGCAGGACCUAUCAGCAGCGGACUGUGAUCAGGCGUCUAUCGGCGGAGACUGGAGAAAUAUACAAACAGAAAUCAGCAACUUGGCAUCAGACUCGAUCAUGCCCGCAGCCGCAAAGAAAUCACUCAACCAAAUGACGCCUUUCCCUCGAACACUUGCAGCGCUCGUGAACACAUUUUGCCUGGCCGUGAGCCCUUACACAGCCCAGUUUGAUAUGAUGUGGGGACUUCUCAAUCUUAAUCUCCAGCUAUCUAGGAACUCCUCGGUGAAGUUAGCCAGAAUGGCUGCUUGGGUGAAAAAAGCGAGAAAUAUCCUAGAGCUGUUCAGUCGCUGUUUGAAGAACUGCGAAGGAGAUACAGCUGAAGCUCAAUAUGCGCUGGUAGAUGUAUUUGAAUCAUUGCUGCAGAUUCUUGGUGAAUCUGUCAAACAUCUUCGUCAAAGCUCCUCUGAAGGGGAUGCGGCAAAGGCCUGGAAACCUUUCGAAAUCUCAAUCAAUGAGUACUUGGAAGAGAUGGAAACUUCGACGAAACACCUGAACGAUAUGAUAGGCUGUUCCAAAGUGAAUGUCGAGGCUCGCACAAAACCCCUAUCCACUCGACCUGGACCGAUUGUCCUCCCGCGAGAGUUUUGCGCCUUUCCUGUGAACACGUUGUUGCGGAACCGAAACGCAGAUUUUUUUGGUCGGAAUACGGAAUUGGAAAAAAUCAGCAGCUAUCUUGACCCAAGGAGCAACACAACUCUGCGAACAUACACAAUAUACGGACGGCGCGGGGUGGGGAAAACUGAUAUUGCUCUCGAGUACGCAUAUUCAAACCUGGCAAAGUUCGACGCGAUAUUUUGGAUCAACUGCGAGACUGCCGGUUCUUUGAGGACAAGUUUUGCAGCAAUUGCAACUGCACUUCGAUUGCCAAAUGCUGACCGUGCCGGCUGCCAUGAAGAAAAUCAACUCGCAGUUCAGAACUGGUUCCAGACAACCACACAGCAGUGGCUCCUUAUUUUCGACAACGCUGAAAACGAUGAUAUUCUCAAAGGUUACUGGCCCACAGGUGCUACGGGGGCGAUACUAAUUACAUCCCGAAGAUAUUUCAAUUUUACGAAUGAUGCGCAGAGACAUGCAGAUACUAUCAAGCCAUUCAACGAGAGACAGAGCUGGGAAUUGUUUAUGAAGUUCCUUGGACCGACAUGGCAGCAAAAGGAUAACGAUGGACGUAUGAACGGUAUAGAAGAGAAAGCAGCAAGAACUCUGUUGCAACGAUUUGGGGGGCUUGCCCUUGCGAUCCAGCAGGCGGCCCAACUCGUAAACAAUAGCUCUAUCGGAGAUUCAACGAUUGUUUCAGUCUUGAAGUCGUUCAAAGAUCAUGAGAAGAGCCUUCCCCCCCGUCCCAUACAUCCUCGUUCAGACAUGGAGAAAGCCCUGGAUUCUUUGUGGGACAUAUCCUUCACCCACUUGUCCAGAAAUGCACGGGAUCUCUUGAGUGUCCUGUCCCUACUCUCGCCUGACGGCGUAACUAUUGACCUUUUCCUUCCAGUCAACCAAAGGACCUUAGAUGGAAAACUCAACUUCUGCAAGCAAAAUCGAAAUUCCAAACCCAGAGAUACGGACGCUACGCUUUCCAGCGUUAUCAGUGAGCCGCCAUUGCUUCGAAGCGCCAUUGCAGAGCUGGAAAAUCUCAGAUUGAUAAAAUUUGAAAGACGGAUACUGCGCGUCCAUCGGGUUGUACAAGAAGCAAUGAAUUAUUACUCCAGCCAGGAGAUGCAGUUGUACUUCAAUAGUGCUGCAGCUGUCCUUUUUGAAGCAUUCCCGAAACAACUCGGUCGCGACAUCAUGGCAAAACACUGGACAACAUGCGAAUGUUACAUUGCACACGGAGUCGCAUUGAGUGCGAAGUUUCAGGCAUACUAUAAUUUCGAUGAGAAUAAAUCCCUCACAGGCACAACGGAGUUGGUUCAACUUUUGACCAAUUGCGCUCGAUACCUAUUGCAAAUCUGCGACUACAAGACCUGUUCAGCUGUCAUCAGAAGCGGCAGACUGGCUUGCAAAAGUGCUGAAAAGGAGUCAUUGCAUCAUGCGACGCUAUACAGUAUCGAAGGUUGGGCUUCCUACGAACUCAAUAAUCUUGAGGAGUGCAGGAAGAAUUUCGAAGCUGCUUUUCGAAUUCAAGAAGAACUUCUCCUUGAUGACGACAUUGAGAAAUCAAGUUCGUUGCAUCACAUGGGCGUGCUUGAGUGUGCAUCCGGCGACUUUGAGGCAGCCUUGGACUACUUCACACGCGCUGCGACAAUUCGUAUUCAAAGUGGAGACAGUGCCUCAAAUCUCCUUGCAAACACCUACCUGCGUAUGUCCCGAGUUUAUUUCAAUCAGCAAGAUUACAAAAAUGCGCUUAAGAUUCUCGAAAAGGCGGAGAUCUUGUACCUACGGGUUUCUGAUGGCGAAGCACCAUUCAUGGCACACAUUCAUUACGCUUAUGGAAACAUUCAUUACGCUCGUGAAGAUUGGCCCCUUGCCAGGAAGUCUUACAGCAAAUGCUUGGGAAUUUCCAAUGCAAAGACCUCAGUUCAUCCAAUUACAGCAGCUGGUUACUAUCGUCUUGGCUGUGUAGAGUUCAAGCUUGGGCGUAAGCAUGAAACACUAUCACUUGAAUUCCUCAGAAAAGCUUUGUCCAUCGCGCGCCUCAGAAGCCCUGGCCGUGAUGACGGGACGGUCGCUCGGAUUCUUUGGAAAACUGCCAAUGUGCUGAAAGGCACUCAAUCUGCGUCGGAGUCCGAGAUCAAUUAUAUGCGAAAGGCGGCUGAGGCCGCUCUCCAAGACCCUAAGAAUCAUGGGGAGGGAAUGCUAAUCCUUACUCUGGAUGAGAAAGGCGAGGUCAAUGAACAGGAACUUGAAGAGGCAUACGACAAAUUGGUGCCAGAGUUCUUCAGAUGA